AUGGCCAACAACAGCGACCAGCCCACAAAGCCAGAGCAGCCCUCGACGCCACAGCAGACCCCUACAACACAGGACCCUACAACACAGCAGCCUACGCCGCCUGUCCAACCCCCUACAACACAGCAGCCCCCGACGACGGAGCAGCAGCCCCCUAUAACACAACAGCCCCCAACGACAAAGCAGCAGCCCCCGACGACGCAGCAGCAGCCCCCUAUAACACAACAGCCCCCGACGACGCAGCAGCAGCCCCCGACGACGCAGCAGCACCCCCGACGACGCAGCAGCAGCCCCGACGCAGCAGCAGCCCCUAUAACACAACAGCCCCCAACGACGCAGCAGCCCCCGACGACAAAGCAGCAGCAGCCCCCUAUAACACAACAGCCCCCGACGACGCAGCAGCAGCCCCCUAUAACACAACAGCCCCCGACGACGCAGCAGCAGCCCCCUAUAACACAACAGCCCCCGACGACGCAGCAGCAGCCCCCUAUAACACAACAGCCCCCAACGACAAAGCAGCAGCCCCCGACGACCAAGCAGCAGCAGCCCCCUAUGACACAGCGGACGACACACAGCGGCGACUACAGAGAGACGGCGGAGACCAUCCUGCCGGCGACGUUCAGCGAGGAGGAGCUGGAGGAGGCCCAGGUGGCCCUGGAGGAGCUGCUGACGCUGCUGCUGAAGGGCGCGGGGCCCCUGAAGAUGACGGGCAUCACCCUGCGAGUGUACAGGGCCCUGGUGGAGGCCGGGGUCCUGGUGGUCCAGGUCCCCGCCGUGGAGGACGCCGACCUCCGCCACAUGGAGAGGCAGUGGCUGGCGUGGACGGGCCCGCCGACCCAGCCCGUGCUGAGGGUGGUGUCCAGGGACGCGGUGCGGCAGGAGGGGGUGACGGGCGGCCGGCUGCACGUGACGGUGAGCGCCGUCACCUGCCUGGUCGUCCCCGCCGGCCACUACCUCCAGGCCCUCCCGGACGACGCCACCUACGUCGUCAUGGCCUGCCCGGACUGGCGCCGCGACCCACCCAACGACGGGAAGGAGGUGUUCGGGGAGUGGGUGGAGCGGCAGAGCGCGGGGUGGCGGUGGGCGGCGGGGCAGGAGGAGGCCCUGGAGAGGGAGGCGCGGCCGGCCAUGAGGGUGCUGGCCAGCCAGGUGCAGGUGGUGGCCCUGGAGGCGGGCCAGCUGCAGGCCACCCUGGCCCACGUCACCUGUCUCGUCCUCUCCCGCGGCUUCUCCCUCCACUGUCUCCCGGACAACACCACAUACGUCAUCAAGCCCUCCCGCUCUAUGGCUAGAGUAGAGCCGCCCCUCACCCAGACUAGAGUAGAGCCGCCCCUCACCCAGACUAGAGCAGAGCCGCCCCUCACCCAGACUAGAGCAGAGCCGCCCAUCACCCAGCCUAGAGUAGAGCCGCCCAUCACCCAGCCUAGAGUAGAGCCGCCCCUCACCCAAACUAGAGUAGAGCCGCCCCUCACCCAAACUAGAGCAGAGCCGUCCCUCACCCAGCCUAGAGCAGAGCCUCCGGUCACCCAGACUAGAGUAGAGCCGCCCCUCACCCAAACUAGAGCAGAGCCGUCCCUCACCCAGCCUAGAGCAGAGCCUCCGGUCACCCAGACUAGAGUAGAGCCGCCCCUCACCCAAACUAGAGCAGAGCCGCCCCUCACCCAGACUAGAGCAGAGCCUCCGGUCACCCAGACUAGAGUAGAGCCGCCCCUCACCCAGCCUAGAGCAGAGCCGCCCCUCACCCAAACUAGAGCAGAGCCUCCGGUCACCCAGACUAGAGUAGAGCCGCCCCUCACCCAAACUAGAGCAGAGCCGCCCCUCACCCAGCCUAGAGCAGAGCCUCCGGUCACCCAGAUUAGAGUAGAGCCGCCCCUCACCCAGACUAAAGCAGAGCCUCCGGUCACCCAGACUAGAGAAGAGCCGCCCCUCACCCAGCCUAGAGCAGAGCCUCCGGUCACCCAGACUAGAGUAGAGCCGCCCCUCACCCAGCCUAGAGCAGAGCCUCCGGUCACCCAGAUUAGAGUAGAGCCGCCCCUCACCCAGACUAGAGUAGAGCCGCCCCUCACCCAGCCUAGAGCAGAGCCUCCGGUCACCCAGCCUAGAGCAGAGCCUCCAGUCACCGAACAUAGAGCAGAGCCUCCAGUCACCCAGCCUAGAGCAGAGCCUCCAGUCACCGAACAUAGAGCAGAGCCUCCAGUCACCGAACAUAGAGCAGAGCCUCCAGUCACCGAACAAAUAGAGCCUCCGGUCACCGAACAAAUAGAGCCUCCAGUCACCGAACAAAUAGUAGAGCCUCCAGUCACCGAACAUAGAGCAGAGCCUCCAGUCACCGAACAUAGAGCAGAGCCUCCAGUCACCGAACAUAGAGCGGAGCCUCCAGUCACCGAACAUAGAGCGGAGCCUCCAGUCACCGAACAUAAAGCAGAGCCUCCUGUCACCCAGCCUAGAGCAGAGCCUCCAGUCACCGAGCCUAGAGCAGAGCCUCCAGUCACCGAACAUAGAACAGAGCCUCCGGUCACCCAGCCUAGAGCAGAGCCUCCAGUCACCGAACAUAGAGCAGAGCCUCCGGUCACCGAACAAAUAGUAGAACCUCCAGUCACCGAACAUAGAGCAGAGUCUCCAGUCACCCAGCCUAGAGCAGAGCCUCCAGUCACCGAACAAAUAGUAGAACCUCCAGUCACCGAACAUAGAGCAGAGCCUCCAGUCACCGAGGAUAGAGCAGAGCCUCCAGUCACCGAACAUAGAGCAGAGCCUCCAGUCACCGAACAUAGAGCAGAGCCUCCGGUCACCGAACAAAGAGUAGAGCCUCCAGUCACCGAACAUAGAGCAGAGCCUCCAGUCACCGAACAUAGAGCAGAGCCUCCAGUCACCGAACAUAGAGCAGAGCCUCCGGUCACCGAACAAAUAGUAGAGCCUCCAGUCACCGAACAUAGAGCAGAGCUUCCAAUCACCGAACAUAGAGCAGAGCCUCCAAUCACCGAACAUAGAGCAGAGCCUCCAGUCACCAAACAUAGAGCAGAGCCUCCAGUCACCAAACAAAUAGCAGAGCCUCCAGUCACCGAACAUAGAGCAGAGCCUCCAGUCACCGAUCGUAAAGCAGAGCCUCCAGUCACCGAAUAUAAAGCAGAGCCGCCUAGAGCAGAGCCUCCAGUCACCGAACAUAGAGCAGAGCCUCCAGUCACCCAGCCUAGAGCAGAGCCUCCAGUCACCGAACAUAGAGCAGAGCCUCCAAUCACCGAACAUAGAGCAGAGCCUCCAGUCACCAAACAAAUAGCAGAGCCUCCAGUCACCGAACAUAGAGCAGAGCCUCCAGUCACCGACCGUAAAGCAGAGCCUCCAGUCACCGAACAUAAAGCAGAGCCUCCAGUCACCGAACAUAGAGCAGAGCCUCCAGUCACCGAACAUAGAGCAGAGCCUCCAGUCACCGAACAUAGAGCAGAGCCUCCAGUCACCGAACAUAGAGCAGAGCCUCCAGUCACCGAACAUAGAGCAGAGCCUCCAGUCACCCAGCCUAGAGCAGAGCCUCCAGUCACCGAACAUAGAGCAGAGCCUCCAGUCACCGAACAUAGAGCAGAGCCUCCAGUCACCCAGCCUAGAGCAGAGCCUCCAGUCACCGAACAUAGAGCAGAGCCUCCAGUCACCCAGCCUAGAGCAGAGCCUCCAGUCACCGAACAUAGAGCAGAGCCUCCAGUCACCAAACAAAUAGCAGAGCCUCCAGUCACCGACCAUAGAGCAGAGCCUCCAGUCACCGAGCCUAGAGCAGUGCCUCCAGACACCGAGCCUAGAGCAGAGCCUCCAGUCACCGAACAUAGAGCAGAGCCUCCAGUCACCGAACAUAGAGCAGAGCCUCCAGUCACCAAGCGUAAAGCAGAGCCUCCAGUCACUGAACAUAGAGCAGAGCCUCCAGUCACCGAACAUAGAGCAGAGCCUCCAGUCACCGAACAUAGAGCAGAGCCUCCAGUCACUGAACAUAGAGCAGAGCCUCCGGUCACCGAACAAAUAGUAGAGCCUCCAGUCACCGAACAUAGAGCAGAGCCUCCAGUCACCGAGCGUAAAGAAGAGCCUCCUGUCACCGAACAUAGAGCAGAGCCUCCAGUCACCGAACAUAGAGCAGAGCCUCCGGUCACCGAACAAAUAGUAGAGCCUCCAGUCACCGAACAUAGAGCAGAGCCUCCAGUCACCGAACAAAUAGUAGAGCCUCCAGUCACCGAACAUAGAGCAGAGCCUCCAGUCACCGAACAUAGAGCAGAGCCUCCAGUCACCGAACAUAGAGCAGAGCCUCCAGUCACCGAACAUAGAGCAGAGCCUCCAGUCACCGAACAUAGAGCAGAGCCUCCAGUCACCGAACAUAGAGCAGAGCCUCCAGUCACCGAACAUAGAGCAGAGCCUCCAGUCACCGAACAAAUAGUAGAGCCUCCAGUCACCGAACAUAGAGCAGAGCCUCCAGUCACCGAACAUAGAGCAGAGCCUCCAGUCACCGAACAAAUAGUAGAGCCUCCAGUCACCGAACAUAGAGCAGAGCCUCCAGUCACCGAACAUAGAGCAGAGCCUCCAGUCACCGAACAUAGAGCAGAGCCUCCAGUCACCGAACAUAGAGCAGAACCUCCAGUCACCGAACGUAGAGCAGAGCCUCAGGUCACCGAACGUAGAGCAGAGCCUCCAGUCACCGAACAAAUAGCAGAGCCUCCAGUCACCGAGCAUAGAGCAGAGCCUCCAGUCACCGAACAUAGAGCAGAGCCUCCGGUCACCAAACAAAUAGCAGAGCCUUCAGUCACCGAACAUAGAGCAGAGCCUCCAGUCACCGAACAUAGAGCAGAGCCUCCAGUCACCGAACAAAUAGCAGAGCCUCCAGUCACCGAGCAGCCUCCAGUCACCGAACAUAGAGCAGAGCCUUCAGUCACCGAACAUAGAGCAGAGCCUCCAGUCACCGAACAAAUAGUAGAGCCUCCAGUCACCGAAUAUAGAGCAGAGCCUCCAGUCACUGAACAAAUAGUAGAGCCUCCAGUCACCGAAUAUAGAGUAGAGCCUCCAGUCACCGAACACAGAGCAGAUCCUCCAGUCACCGAACAUAGAGCAGAGCCUCCAGUCACCGAACAAAUAGCAGAGCCUCCAGUCACCGAGCGUAAAGCAGAGCCUCCAGUCACCGAACAUAGAGCAGAGCCUCCAGUCACCGAACAUAGAGCAGAGCCUCCAGUCACCGAACAUAGAGCAGAGCCUCCAGUCACCGAACAUAGAGCAGAGCCUCCAGUCACCGAGCGUAAAGCAGAGCCAUCCGUCUCAGAGGGUAGACGGGUCCUGUCCCCCCCAGGGGUCGCUGGCAAGGGUGCCUUCCCAGGCGCUAACGUGGUGCGCCAUGUGGAGUGGGUCGAUAUUAGCGUGAAGGUCACGCUCAAGAUGGACAUUCUGCCCUCCCCCUACUGA